GGCCGCCAGAGACUCAGGUAUAGCUGGUCUCAAGUGUAUUGUACAAUACAUGUACUAGCAGCCAUAAAUAAGGUAGUGUACCAUGAAAUUUGGUUUGCUGUUUAUUACGCAGCUCAAGCUCUGAAUUGCGCUUUCCUCUUCCAGUGUCUUCAGGUCUACAAUAACUACAGAGGUACCUUAGUUUUACCUGCCCGAGAAUCUGCACGGACCAAUCAGACAUCGCCAGGCGCUGCCUAACGAUGAGCGAUGAGCGGGAGAGUGAGAGUACGCGCACGAGUGAAAGUAUGGGCGGAACCACUGUAGAAAGCCAGUAUCUCUCGGCGGGCGCAAACAGAUACGCGGCCGCUGCCGACUGGGGUGAGGCUGGGCUGGCUGCAUUUGGUUCCGACACCAACGUGUGUUUAUGGGACCCUACAGACCCGAGAGGCAUAUCACGCAUUCUCGGCGGCCACGUUGCGCAUGUGCGGGCGGUAAAAUUCCUGCCCCGAGAUGAGGGGGAGAAAACCGCCCACCUGGUAACGGGCGGAGACGACAAGCAGCUCCGGCUUUGGGCCAUAGACUCGGAAACUGGCGCUGCUUCGUGUGUGCAGCAUGUCCAGGAACACAGUGAGCCGAUAAACUGCAUAGCCGCUGUGCGAGGGGCAGCGUCCGCAAAUGUGGCAAGACGAAUUUUCGUUACCGGGGGCGCGGAUGCCACCGUCAAGGUAUGGGCUCGAGAAGGAAGCGAACUCGCCCUCCUCCAGACCAUCAAAACGACCAAGAGGUACAUGCCCCUCACCGUCGCCCUAGUGGCACUCGACGAGGAGGGCAGUGCGCUCAUGCUGGCGGUUGGGGGGACCACCAAUUCGGUCCAAAUAUUUACUGCGUCAGGGGCGGACGGGAUCGAGGGGGUUGAGUUCUCGCUGCAGGCCACCUUGUCUGGGCACGAGAACUGGAUUCGCUCGUUGGACUUCAUCUGUGAGAAGCCGGAGCAGGGCAGCGACAUCUUGCUGGCUUCGGCAAGCCAGGACAAGUACAUCCGUCUCUGGCGCAUUCACCAGGGCACGGCACUGUCUGCGCUGAAUGCCGCGGGACUCGACCUCUCAGCCGAGGCUCUGACACCAGGGAACAAGAUGCACAAGAUCUCCGCUGGCGGGACCAAGUACUGCAUCAUGUUCGAAGCUCUGCUCCUCGGUCACGAAGACUGGAUUUACAGCGCGAGGUGGUCCCGCGCCGCCGACGGCAGGUUGCAGCUCCUGUCUGCCUCGGCGGACAACUCGCUCUCCCUUUGGGAGUCGGAUCGCGAGUCGGGCAUCUGGAUCACGAUGGUGCGGCUGGGAGAGGUCAGCCGGGAGAAGGGAGCAACAACCGCCACAGGGAGCAUCGGCGGGUUCUGGACCGGCCUGUGGUCGCCCUCUGGCACGACUGUCAUUACCCUCGGCCGGACAGGCAGCUGGCGGCGGUGGGACUACGACGCGGCCGAAGACGUGUGGAAGCAGAGCUUUGCCAUCUCUGGCCACACCCGUGCAGUGACGGGCAUCUCGUGGUCCCAGGACGGCAGCUACUUGCUCUCGACCAGUUCCGACCAGACGACCCGCCUCCAUGCGCAAUGGGUCGUGGACGAGACGAGAGCUUCUCACUCCUGGCACGAGAUGUCGCGGCCCCAGAUCCACGGCUACGACCUGAACUGCAUCUCCACGCUUGGCCGCUCCUCCUUCGUCUCCGGCGCUGACGAGAAGCUCAUGCGCGUCUUCACCGAGCCCAAAGCCGUGGCACGCAUGCGCAGUCGCCUGACCAACGCCACCACUACCACCACCGCCGCCGCCAACCCCUCCGAAGCCGACGACCUCCCCGACGCAGCCAACAUGCCCGUGCUGGGCCUCUCCAACAAGGCAAUCUCCACCAUUGACGACGACGACGCCGGCCUCUCCUCCGCCCUGGUCACUGCUGCAGAUCCCUCCAACCCGUCCAGCGACCGCGACGCCCUGGUGGACCCGGCCUCGGCGGUGCGCAAAUCCGCCCUCGAAAUCGACCACCCGCCCUUCGAGGAGUCCCUCUCGCGCCACACGCUCUGGCCCGAGGUCGAGAAGCUGUACGGCCACGGCUACGAGAUCUCGUGCCUCGCGGCGAGCCACGACGGGACGCUGAUCGCGAGCGCCUGCAAGGCCAGCUCGAUCAACCACGCCGUCAUCCGGCUGUUCGAGACGCGCCGCUGGACCGAGGUCCGACCGCCGCUGCCCGCACACACGCUGACGGUCACACGCGUGCGCUUCUCGCCCGAUGAUCGGUUCCUGCUCAGUGUGGGGAGGGACAGGCAGUGGGCUGUCUUUGAGCGGGUUGCAGAUGACGAGGGUUAUAAGUAUGAGUUGCGGCAGGCGAACCCCAAGGGGCACACGCGUAUGAUCUUGGACGCGGCCUGGGCGCCGAUGCCGGCGGAUGGCGAUGGAAGCAGCACGAGGCUGUUCGCUACCGCUGGGAGAGAUAAGCAGGUCAAGGUGUGGAUUAGGAGCGAUGGCGGGGGCCAGUUCGAGCCAGCAAAGGCGAUAACUGAGGAUCAUCCCGUCACGGCGCUGGAUUUUGUGCCCGGGUUGUCGAAGGCGGGGCUGUUGCUCCUGGCUGUAGGCACCGAGGCCGGCAAGCUGCUGGUGCUGUCAUUGAAAGUUGAGGGCCGGGAGGUCGAUGUCGUGUCGACGAUGAGCGUCAGGCCGGAGCUGUGCUUGCCCAAGGCGGUAAUGCAGCUAGCUUGGCGGCCGGCGAGAGAGGGACAGCAGGGCAGGGACCUUGCUGUUGCGGGUGAGGACGGGUCUUUGAGGAUAUACUCGUUUCCUCUGCUAUAAAAGGAGAGGGGUCAUGCGAGAAGAAAUAGAAAUGAGCAUCCCCUAGGUGACAAUCGUUCCGUCUCGUCGAACGGC